AUGAACUCUUCAAAAGAUCAAAAUGCCAAAUUGGAAUUUCUAAGAGAGGUUGCUGAUCGUAACACGAUCCAGAUACCAUCACCAUUCAAAAAAUUGCAUUACAAGAAACCAAAUAGAAGGCAUAAACCAGCAAGACAAUUAAUAACUGAUGAAGCAAGGCGGAUAAAUACCAUUUUACAAAAGGAUAAAGAGAAUGAGGAUCCACAUCAUCAUAUGUUGGUCCCCAAAGUAACGUUCUUCAAUGUGGAGGCACCACCAGCAAUGAAGCCAACCAAGAAAUAUUGUGAUAUAACCGGUUUGAAGGGGAAUUAUAGAUCACCAACAAAUAAUAUCAGAUACCAUAACUCAGAAAUUUACCAAUUGAUAGUGAAACCAAUGGCUCCAGGUAUAGAUCAAGAAUAUUUAAAGCUUAGAGGCGAUAAUUUUGUUCUGAAAUGA